AUGUCAAGUGUUUCAAAAAGAGUCAGCAAACCAAUUCUUGAUUUGAGAUUUAUUGUCGGAAAACAACAAUGGCAGCAUAUGUUAAGAUUGCGAAAUGAGAAAGACUAUAUUCAUGUCAUCCCGGUCUUCCAUGGAGUAGAAGAUACGAGCUUUUAUAAACUAAUUCAAUCAUCGCGAAGAAACCAAAGUUACAACAACAGUUGGAACGUACAUGGCGGACAUAGAGGAAGCAUGGGAAGAACUAGCGCUAUCAAAUCAGAUGUAAUAAUGCAAACUGACAUUGAUUAUAUUCACUUUGGUGAUGUCAUAACCGUUCGUGUCAUAGCACGUGAUAUCAAUGGACGUCGACGAAUACUAGGUGGAGAUUUAUGGCGUGCGUCUAUUUAUAACACCACCAGACAAUUUGCAUCUAUGGGUAAAGUGAUUGACCAUAACAAUGGAACAUAUACUAUACACUUUUACGCUGGUAGCCCAGGGGUUGUGAAUUUGAAGGUUGUGCUAGUUUUACAGAGAGAAGCGAUAAAAUAUCAGAAUGAUGUGUUCAGACCAACAGAGAAACGAGCAUCUUGGGAGGGAGUCUUUCGAAGUAACAAUAUAACUGAAACAUCUCGUUGUGUACUAGUUAGAGACAGCUCAUGGAUGGAUAAGUGCGAAUUUCCACAUCCAAGAGCUUUGGGAAAGACUAUAUUCUUAUGUGAUCUACCAGACUCAUUGCGUUGCAAUACCCUCACUUCAAUAUCAAAUGUAGCAUCUGAGACAUAUGUAGAUAUUAUGAAAAUAGAUGGUGAAAGAAAGAAAUUGUUCAAAACGCCGAAUGCAGCACAGGUGUUGACAAGCAGUAUUUCUAAAUUUAUCAUCCAGCCAGAGGGUGAAUUAUUGUUAGACGGUGAUGAAAACAACAACAUUCCCCAAUGUGAUGACGAUUUACCUGAGCCAACAAGUGACGGAUAUUGGCUUGGUACGAGAUGGCACUCUUUAGUAUGCAACGCCAAACAAUGGAAUGAUGUAGCAGAGGUACAAAAUUGCCUUCGAGACAAACACGUGUUUUUACUAGGUGACUCUACUUCAGUUCAGUGGUUGAAGAAAGUGCUUGAAAUUGCAGGAUAUCCACAACAAGUAAACGAUAGCAACUGGCGCAAAACUCUCGCACCGGUACCUGGUUCAUACAAUAUUACAGUGAAGAACGCGUACGCAUGUGAUAUGAUGGACAUACGAAACAAUAUCAAUUUUACAUUUCGACACCAUGCUUUGUCUCGUCACAAUGAAAUCCCAAUUCCGCGUUUUCCUUUCUUUGUUGACACUCUGGACAACAUGGCUGCUCCAAAAUGUAACUACGUAAUCGCUAUAGGUUUAUGGGCGCAUUUUGACACUUGGACGCUGGAUAGCUUUGAGGAAUUACUCGUAAAUAUUCGUUCAAGUAUACAACGACUUAAAGCUAGAUGUCCAAACACCGUAAUAGCUAUAAAAGGACCCCAUGAGAGAAAUAUGAUAGCUAAUUACUGGAUCUUGUAUGACAUGAUUCGCAUAUUGAAGGAAACCUUCAGGGUGUGGUGUUCUGAGCGGGAAAUCGACCCAGCCUUCGAAAUGGUGGAAGCUGUCAAAAAUAUUGAAGUAUUGAAGACGGGAAAGAACACAGCAUAA